GAAGGCGGGGCGGAAUGGGGUAGCGGGGCGGAAUGAAGAUUGGUAUUUUUAAGUAUCAAUGACGUGCUGCAGACUAGCAGCGAUAAGUAAAAGUACAUCAGUGUAGUGUGACUGAAGACCGGUAGGCAUGUUUGUCUAAUUCUUUUGACGUUAACUACGUGAAUCUAUCGUUGCGUGGUUUUUCGCUUAUAAUUUGUAACUGUUUGUGAUUUAUAUGACCAAGGCUACCAAAUUGAUUGUUUUAAUGGUUUGCUUUGCCUGCAUUUCACUAUAUCUGAUGGAAUCUGUCGAAUGCAAAAAUUAUGACCCCAAUCCUCCUCCUCGUUCGCCUUCACCUCAAGAACGAGGUCGUUCACGUACCGUUCCAGCCCAUCUGCAAAAUCAAGGACAGAAUGGGAAUGGUCACCAAAAUGGGAACGGACAACAGAACGGAAAUGGCCACACUAAUGGUAAUGGACAACAAAAUGGUAAUGGUAAUGGACAUCAUAAUGGACGCCGUUAACAAAUCAGUACUGAAAGUUCGUUUGUGAAUUGGUUAAUUUUGUACCUAUAUGAAAAGGGCAUAAUAAAAAUAUUGUAAAUUCUAGAAACUUUA